GGAGACCUCUGAUUGGCCGAAAGUAAAAUGGGAGGGACACAUUUCUCAAGCUGAUGCUGUGGAGAAACUUUUGUGUCCCGAAAGUGUAGCAGACGGUCUUACUUUCCAGCACAGAGACACAGUCCAGUGGACAGCACAAUCCAUCAGCUGCAGCAGAGACCUGAAACACCGUCAUCAUGUCCAGCAAGCGAGCGAAGGGAAAGACCACUAAGAAGAGGCCACAGAGAGCCACUUCAAAUGUGUUUGCCAUGUUUGACCAGUCACAGAUCCAGGAGUUCAAGGAGGCCUUCAACAUGAUCGACCAGAACCGAGAUGGAUUCAUCGAUAAAGAGGAUCUCCAUGACAUGCUGGCCUCUUUGGGGAAGAACCCGUCUGAUGAUUAUCUGGAGGGCAUGAUGAGUGAAGCUCCGGGCCCAUCAAAACUUCACCAUGUCCUCACUAUGUUUGGAGAACGGCUCAACGGAACCGACCCGGAGGAUGUCAUCAGGAACGCUUUCGCCUGCUUCGACGAGGAAGGAUCCGGUUUCAUUCACGAAGACCACCUGCGAGAGCUGCUGACCACCAUGGGAGAUCGUUUCACAGAUGAAGAGGUGGACGAGCUCUUCAGAGAGGCUCCCAUUGACAAAAAGGGCAACUUUAACUAUGGCGAAUUCACCCGGAUUCUCAAACAUGGGGCCAAAGACAAAGAUGACAUGUAGAUGAUCAGAGAGCAUCAGCCGCAGAUGCACAGCACAUUACAAACACAUCAGCAAAGUAUUUUUUUUCCUCUAAAUGCAUUCUAUAUAACCAGGUUGCAUUGCUAAAGAUCUGUGCAGUGUGUAUUUUGUGUUUUUUUGGGGGACUACAGUAUAAAGCAAUGUACUCUGCA